AAAAAGUUGUAGGAGACGAUCCCUCUCUCGUCAUCUUGACUGUUGGUCUGAACACCGACUGCUGACUUGCUGCAACAAUGGUCUCGUGGUCUUGUGUAGCACUUGUGGAGUCAUUGUGGAGGAUCUACACCUGAGAUGAUUUACGUUAGUUGUAACGGGCAAUGUGGACUGAAGGUGAGACAUACAAAAGGCAGCAGGAGCCCGUUAUUUGAACCUCGUAUUUCUCCACAUCAAGUACAUCUCUUUCCUCCUUCAAACCUGGACGAAAAUCUCUCAAGACCCUUGUACAAUCUAUCAAUAUGCUGAGCAAAGCAUUACUAUCCUCUGCCCUUGCGGCACUUACUCUGCUACCAUCUGCUAGUGUAGCAGCGCCAUUAGAACAAUUCAAGCGCGACCUUAAAUUCAACUUUGGCAAUGACAAAGUCCGUGGUGUCAACCUUGGUGGCUGGUUCGUACUGGAGCCCUGGAUUACACCCAGCAUCUUCGACGCAACACCAGACAAUGUAGUAGACGAAUACACCUAUUGCGAGACCCUCGGCUCCGAUGAAGCAUACUCGAGACUAUCAAAGCACUGGGACUCCUGGAUCACCGAAGAUGACUUGCAUCAGAUCGCUGCUGCAGGCAUGAACCACAUCCGUAUUCCCGUCGGUUACUGGUCAGUCAUCAAAGACGACAACGCACCCUACGUUCAGGGUGCAUACGAAUUCCUCGGUAGAGCAUUGGACUGGGCUAGCGGUGCAGGACUCAAGGUCAUGAUUGAUCUCCACGGUGCUCCCUACUCGCAAAACGGCUUCGACAACUCUGGUCAAAGAGGAGGCACUGGCUGGGGUCAAGGUGACUCGGUCAGCCGAACAAUUUCCGCCCUCAACAAGAUCCGCGACGACAUGGCUAGCCACCCUGCUGUCUCUGCAAUCGAGCUUCUCAACGAACCCAUGGGUUCCUCGGUUGGCAUGGACACUGUUCGCCAAUUCUACAUGGACGGCUGGGGCAACCUCAAGAACAGCGACGUCGCCAUCACCUUCCACGAUGCUUUUGCUGGCGUUACCUCUUGGAACGAUUGGGGUAGUGGCAUGUGGAACUUGAUGCUCGACACUCACCACUACGAGAUCUUCUCCAGCGACCAGUUGACCAUGGAUUUCGGUUCCCACAUUGGUACUGCUUGCGGUUUCGGUGGCUCAAUGGCUACCAACAACAAGUGGACCAUCUCAGGAGAAUGGACAGGAGCUUUGACAGACUGUGCAAAAUAUUUGAAUGGUAGAGGCGUUGGAGCAAGAUAUGAUGGAACCUACAACUACAAUGGCCAAUCUUCAUACUACAUUGCUAGUUGCGACGGAAAAUACACCGGCUCAGUCAGCGGACUCGACAGCACCUACAGAGACAACAUCAGCAAGUUCAUUGAAGCUCAACUUGACGCCUACGAGAAGGCUGCUGGUUGGAUCUUCUGGACAUGGAAGACUGAGGGCGCACCCGAAUGGGACAUGCAGGCACUGCUGCAGAACGGAGUCUUCCCCAAUCCCGUCACCAACCGAAACCACCCUGGCCAAUGCAACUAAACGUCGACCACCAUCUCUCCAACUCGGCACGACGCCAAUAUUCCUUGACUUGAUGCAGGAAUCUAUUCUCCGGCUCGAGUCAUGACUAUGAGAACCGGUCAACACAUAAUCACACCUCUGUGUACACAACUAACCAAUCGGAUGGGAAGUCAUUCUCCAAUCCUGGCUACCACCACUCGUUACGAAUCACGAUGAAACGCUACCAUUUUUUACGCUCAUGUUCGCAUCUCCAUACCAUCGCUAGAAGAACUUUACGACACGUUUACCACGAACCUCACGGAAAGUUGCAUCCAUGACAUUUGCAUACCCCACUGGACUUGGGAGGUCACUCGCAUCGAACAGCCUGGUUGCUGAUUGACGUUCGAGGGCUUUUUGUUGUUCACGAAGGAUUGUCGCGAAUUUCGAUCAGCGAGCGUUUUGAAAGUUUCUUCCACCUUUUUUUCUCUCGGCGUGCAAGCGUUUGGGAGAACAGUUGAAAAGGAAAAGG